AAAACGUUUUAUUGCAGUUUAUCAUAAUUCAAUCCGAGUUUGCGGGAGUAGCCACAGAGAUACGAGCCCAAUCAUGGCUACAAAGGCCCUGUUAGUCUGUCUUUUAAUAGCGGCCGUUGUCUUCGUAGAAGCCGGCAAACAUCCAAAAGCUAAUAAAAUCAAGAAAGCUAAGGCCAGUCCAGGAUCCAAGAAAUGCGCCGGCCCAUGUGCAGUGUCAUGUGCACCUCCUUGUCCUCCUACAUGCUGUCCCCCACCACCACCCCCACCGUGCCCACCACCCUGUCCUCCCCCUUGUCCCCCUCCAUGCCCACCACCCCCUCCCCCAUGCCCACCACCUUGUAUGACCCAUAGUGUGCAACAUUCUCAUAGUCAUGCGUGGGCACCUGCUCCUCCUCCACCAUGCCCCCCACCAUGCCUCCCUCCAGCUCCCCCUCAGGCUGUUCACCACAUCCACCAUGUAACACAUCACCAUAUGCUGCCACCUCCUCCACCACCUCCACCUCUGCCAUGCCCUCCACCAUGCCACACCGCUAGUGUUAUGCACCAUCACUCCCACCAAUGGGCUCCUGCUCCACCUCCACCCUGCCCACCUCCUUGUCUCCCUCCUGCUCCUCCCCAGAGAAUCCACCACGUUCACCAGGUUGUCCACCACAUUGUCCACCCACCACCACCACCUCCACCCUGCCCUCCCCCAUGUGUCCAAACGUGUGCACCAUCCUGCCCAGUGGCCUGUUGUAAGAAGAACAAGGUAAAGAUCGAGGAUGAAGCCUCUGGUAAUGCUGAUGAUGACGAUGACGUCAAUGAUCAGGAAGAAAAGAAGGAAGAGGAGAUUGCCAAGCAGGAGGACAAUGAGGAGGAGAAGCAGGAGCAGAAACAAGAGGAUAAACAGGAAGAUAAACAAGAAGACACAAAAGAAGAGAAACAGGAAGAUAAACAGGAAGAAAAAUCAGAUAAGGCUGUGGAACAGAAGGAAGAAAAGAAAGACGACAAAGACGAUGAUGACGAUUAACUUUUCGGAGCUUCAUAGAUAGGUUUAUUUUCGGUGUAUGUUACACGAGGUGUCUAGCGUCCAGGACGAUGCGCUGUCGAUGCGAUAUGCCUUUAUUUGGCAUGCUUGUACGCCUGUGAAUAUAAACGCAGUCCUCGAUUCACCAAUGUGAAGUUUUCAGCGAAGUUGUACAUGUGCUUAUUGUUGGUAUUUAAUUAAAGGUGAAACGUUUUAAACUAUAA